AUGGAAUCGCAGCAAGGAAACGGCUCGCAGAUGGCAGUACUGCUAAUAGACGCGCUGUUUAGCGAGUGCGAGCUUCCGGACCGGUCGAAACGGAAAUGGUGCCUCCCAGUAGACAACCUUCAUUUCCUCUGCAGUCCUUUGCGUUCACUCCUUGGGGUGGUAAUCUGCUUGAGCUUAGAUUACGACAAUUCGUUAUGCUCCUUCAUCAUAUCGUUUAAAUUAUGGAGA